AGCCUCCAAGCCGCAGGCGGGAUGGACGGGCGCUUGAGCCCCCGGGAGUCGGCGCAGCUGGUGGCCCAGCACAGCCGGGACGUGCGGGUGGACGGCCCGGGCGUGCAGAAGGUGGCCGAGCUGCUGCUCGCCAAGGUGGCCGAGCCCGGGCUGCGCGUCGAGGGCUGGAAGUCGCUGCACGAGCUGAACCCGCAGGCGGCGGACGAGGCCGCGGUCAACUGGGUGUUCGUGGCCGACACGCUCAACUUCUCCUUCUGGGCGGAGCAGGACAGCCGCAAAUGCCUGGUGGCCUACAAGGGCCAGGCGUACAGUGGCUACUGGGCCCUCUGCGCCGCCCUCCACAGGGCCCUGGACGAAGGAAUACCAAUAACGAGUGCUUCAUACUAUGCCACGGUAACACUGGAUCAAGUCCGCCAUGUACUUCGUUCUGACACAGAUGUGCCCAUGCCUCUGAUAGAAGAGAGACAUCGAAUUCUCAACGAAACUGGCAAAAUUCUGCUUCAGAAGUUUGAAGGCUCUUUUCUUAAUUGUGUCAAAAAAAGUGGAAAAAGUGCACAGAAACUAAUGCACUUGGUAGUUGAAAACUUUCCUUCUUAUAGAGAUGUGGCUGAGUUUGAGGGGAAUAAAAUUUCCUUUUACAAACGGGCCCAGAUCCUUGUGGCAGAUACAUGGAGUGUGCUCGAGGGAAAAGGAGAUGGAUGCUUUGAGGAUAUCUCUAGUAUCACCAUGUUCGCAGACUAUAGAUUACCUCAGAUUCUUGCUAACCUGGGAGCCCUGAAAUACUCUGAGGAACUGCUGGAGAAGCUUAUCGAAGGUAAAGAGCUCGCCAAUGGAAGCAAGCAAGAGGUGGAAAUUAGAGGCUGCACAGUUUGGUGUGUUGAAUUGAUCCGUGAUCAUCUUCUGGAACUUAUUGAUAAAGCAGGCAAAAAAGCUAGCAGAGAAAUCAAUUCUGUUCUUUUGGAUUAUUACUUAUGGGACUAUGCCCGUGAUCACAGAGAAGACAUGAAAGCAAUUCCAUUUCAUCGCACACGUUGUAUCUAUUAUUGACCCAAAGCGUAAAUCAUUCUAGCAAAGACCAUCCUUGCAUGCCACAUACUCAUUUCUGCAGGUUUUUUU